UGUGUCCCGCUCCAACUCAAGAGCUUCAAUGUUUGGAUGGAAGUUGUGUUUCACAUGCUGCUGUAUGCAACUUCAAACAAGAGUGCCUUCAUAAUACAGAUGAGGAAUAUUGUGGCCUGUCAUGUGACUUUGAGAGCCCCUGUGAUUGGCUGAGUCCUCCUAUUGACAUGUUCACUCCAGGAUGGGAGGUACGAGAGGGGGCGUCGACCAACCCUUACACAGGACCCCCUGGAGGUUAUGAUCCGAGCGGAGAAGCCAUAGGGAACUACACCUAUGUCAGUUCUCAAGGAAAGUUGGAUAGGGCAAUGGCUGAACUGGAGAGCCUCACUUACCAAGAGAGUGGUGCUCUCUGCAGCAUCAACUUCUUCUACUACAUGAGCGGAACUGACACCGGGACACUUACAUUGUCGGUUGCCAUGGACAACCAGAGAUAUCCCAUCUGGCAACGCUUGGGCAGCCAAGCAGCAAGGUGGAUAGAUGAAGUCAUACUGUUAAGGUCAAUGCCCUUGCCAUUCCAGAUUGUGUUUGAGGCUACCAUGACAGGGGGAAGUGAAGGAGAUAUUGCUCUGGAUAAUAUACAGCUUCUAGACUGCUCACCAGAUCAUGUAGCUCCCUCUUGCUCACCGAAUAGCUACUUUGAAUGUACCAACUUGGAAUGUAUCCCCAAAGAGAACCUUUGUGAUCUUCGACCGGACUGUCUUUUUGGAGAGGAUGAGCAUAAUACAAUUUGUGGUCACAUUCCGUAUGGGGCCAAGUGUGACUUUGAGUCAGGACUCUGUGGAUGGUACAACAUUGUGGGCCAAGACCAUCAGAAUUGGACCAGGCAUCAUGGAUCAACCAAGUCUACAGGAACAGGACCCAGUGUGGACCAUACUUUGGGAACUGAAGAAGGUUACUACUUUUAUUACGAGACAUCGGGAAUUGGUACAGGUGAUGAGGCGUACAUGAGGAGCCCGGUGUUUGAAGCUCCGCCCGCUACUACCAGAAAUAGGACCAAUCCCAUGUACAAGGCAUGCAAGUUUCGCUUUGCGUACCACAUGUAUGGUACGGAGCCCAGCACGCUUAAAAUCUUUGCCAUCUCUGCAGAAAAUCCAGAAAUUUCAAGUCAACUCUUUAGCGAGUAUAAUAGGAACAUCGAUAGAUGGGUAGAGACUGUUCAGCCAAUGCCUGAUGUUAUUACAGACAGAUACUUUAUACAAAUUGAAGCGACAAGAGGUAGAGGCUGGAAGGGGGAUGUUGCCGUUGAUGAUAUCUCGCUCAGCCCAGAAUGCUUUGAGAAAAACAACACUUCUGUAGGGUCAACGGCAGGGUACACCAACCCAUGGUCUUCAGGGCCGAGGACUACCAACAUGACAUCAUACCCCACCCCCAGCACAGUUAUGACAGAUCCAACCAACGGAGCAACAACCACUGCCACGACCACUGUUAAAAAGGAGCCCAUUCCAACCGUUAACUUCACCUUCACAACCUGUGGCACCCAUGGACCUUAUGGACCAACCCAAGCCAGAUGUACUGCAGCCUACCGCUACACUAACCUGACAGUCAGGGUGCUUAAUCAUGAAGAUUCCAUUUCAUUGGCAGGGGUGCAAGUCUGGACGGCACCAGAGACGAGGCUCUACAGUGUAACUGCCUAUGGUGCUAGCGGAGGGGCCGGAGUGGAGAACUCUGGGCCAAGCAAGGCAGCCAAGGUAGACGCCAUCUUUAAUUUGACUGCAGGUGACCAGCUCUUCAUUUUGGUCGGUCAAGAGGGCGAGAGUGCAUGCAGUGAUCCAGAUGUGUUAUUUGCUCACUACUGCACUGGGAAUGUUGAUGAGAAAGCCAGACUGCAGCUGGCUGAGGGAGGCUUGAGUGCAGGAGGUGGAGGAGCUGGUGGAGGAGGAACUUUCAUCGCCCUGAAGAGUGAAACUUCACCCGAGCUGACUCCUCUCUUGGUUGCUGCUGGGGGUGGGGGUCUUGCUUUUAGCCCCUCCCCGUCUACCAGUUAUAGUGAUGGCAGGGUGGGGUCACCAGGCACCGGUGUCUCUGGACAGCAUAAUGUCUCAGCAAUGGACACGGCUGGAGCCGGAGGGGGCUGGAAUUCUAGCAGGGAUCAUGAGCCUACCGGUAGAUCGUUCCUCCAAGGGGCGACCGGAGGUAGAGAAUGUUUGUUAGCCUAUGAGGACUUCCGAUGGAACACCCAUGGGGGCUUUGGAGGAGGAGGAGGGGCGUGUACCACAGGCGGUGGUGGUGGGGGCUACACAGGAGGCGAUGCUUCACUAGUCAAGUCACUAGAGGGCGAUGGUCAAGGAGGAAUGUCCUUCAUUCACCCUUCAGUCAUGGAACCAGUAGCAGUAGCUGGAGCAAGAUCCGGUGCGGGUGAGGUUUUGAUUGUUGGUACUAUCUUCUGCCCAGAAGGUUCCUUUAGAUCACCUGAUAAACAGAGCUGUCUAUACACCACAGCCUCACCUCCUGGAUACUCCUUCCCGGUAUCAAAGAUCAGUAUUAUCAUCAUACUUCUCAUCUUUAUUUUCCUGACCAUUAUGUCAAUCUGUCUUGUGUUCAAGUACAAGGAACACAAGUUGAAAGUAGCAGAGAACAAAAUGGAAGCCAGUUACCAGCUAUCCCAGCUUCGAAACAAUUUUGCUAUUGAUGUCAACCCCUGCUACACAAUCCCAGGAAAGGACAGUCCAGCAACAUCACAUGACCUUAAAGAGCUACCUAGAGAAAAUCUAAGACUAAUAAGUGCUCUUGGACAAGGAGCAUUCGGUGAAGUUUUCCGAGGUGUAUACCAACCUCCUCACCAGAAAUCUGAGAUUGACAUUGCAGUCAAGACUCUACCCGAGCAUUGUACAGAGCAAGAUGAACUCGAUUUCUUAAUGGAGGCACUCAUCAUGGGCAACUUUGACCACCCCAAUGUUGUUUCUCUGCUGGGUAUUUGCUUCAAGGAGAAACCACAUUUUAUUGUUCUGGAGUACAUGGAAGGGGGAGAAUUGAAACAGUUCCUCAGGGACAUCAGACCCACUGAGGAAAAGCCUUCAUCCAUCACGAUGAAAGACCUGCUACAGAUCACCCAGGAUGUAGCUCAAGGAUGCCGCUACUUGGAAUCCAGACGCUUCAUCCAUCGAGACAUUGCAGCCAGGAACAUCUUACUCACCACCAAGGAGUCUGGUAGAGCUGCAAAGAUUGCAGACUUUGGCAUGGCCAGGGAUAUUUACAGGGCUGAUUAUUAUCGCAAAGGAGGACAAGCUCUGCUCCCUGUGAAAUGGAUGCCUCCUGAAGCAUUCCAAGAUGGCAUCUUCACAUCGAAAACAGAUGUCUGGGCAUAUGGUGUGCUGCUAUGGGAGAUCAUCUCCUUAGGAUUCAUGCCGUAUCCUGGGAUGAGUAAUCAGGAGGUGAUCCAGUUUGUAUCAGCAGGAGAGAGGAUGAACCCACCAAGAAGCUGUCCCCAACCUGUAUUUAAUUUGAUGUCCCAGUGCUGGCGUCACAUCCCUGAAGAUCGACCACCAUUCACCACCAUCUUAGAAAGCAUCAAUUACUGCUUACAGGACCCAGAUGUUUUAGAAACACCACUUCCCAAGGUGCUGACUGAACGGAAGAAACAGCUGACAAUCAUGAGACCUCCAGACCCCAAGAGAUCCCCUGUCCUCAGAGUGGAAAGGGUCAUCAGGUCAUGCGAGCCUUCACCCUUCAGUAGCCAAAGGGUGUCGCCCCUCCAUCACACCCCAUCCCCAACACACCAGCCCACAUGGGUUGGGCAAACGGGGGAAGGGUCAUCCCAACAGGGGCUUCAUCAUCAGGAUGAAGGGAUUGAUAGAACUUACAAUGGGAAGAGGUUUCAGGACCAUUCACCUCUCAACUCGUCUUCGAUACUACUCACCAACAAAUCGUAUGGAUUCAGGAGUCUUGCAAGAGACAUUACAGGAGAUGCUAAAGACAGGACUUGCCAUAAUGGAGUAACUGAGAAUUCAUCACAAAUGAAUAACCUCAGUCCAACCAGGCAUGUUAAUGAAACAGAACAAUCGAGUGAGAUGUCGACUCUGCUUCACGUAGGGAGAAGCGGGUCUUCAAGAAGUGACUCUCUAAGCGAUAUCCCUGCAGGAAGCAAUCAGGAACCUGGAUGGUAUCCUGAUCCAACAUGUAAACCAAAGAGAUCUGCGAGCAUGUGCCACGGCGAGGCAUCCAGGGAGCACACCAAGUCUCCCUUGACACGAGGCCUCAGCUGGACCCAAAGGCCUCCUCAAUCACAAGACAAUCAAAACCCGCAAGAUACCAAUAUCCAUCGUUCCACAAGUCUUCCUGGUAUCCCGGUCAUCGUGACCACGCCCAACCUUAUGUCGAAGGACAACGUCGCAUUCAAAUUGCAGCUGAAGACCGCCACCAAUGGCAGCUUCUCUCGGGCUGGAAGCUUGAAGAAAAAAUUGAGCAAAAAGUUGUCGAGGGACUACCGUAAUACAGAUAGCGAACCGCUGGUAAGUGAAGAGAACAUUAUCAACAAACAAUCGCAGGAUACGUUUUUAUAGCGCUGGUUAAGAAGCAUUCUGUCAUUUCUUUUGCUUUUACCUGGAAUAUCUGAUGACUCCAAUUCACUCUGGAUGAUUACAGCAUUUGUUAUUUGACCUUUCUGCAAAGACAAUUUAAAUACGGAAAUGUUGAUAUCUGCUAUCAAAGUGCUGUAGAAAUAUAUUUGAAAUUGUUGAUACUCUGUACAUGUUGAUUAACCAUCAUAUGCUGCAUAUCUUAUUUACUCCUACUUAAUAUCCAUAAAUUAAGCUGAUACGUUGAGAUGUGCACAUUCAAUGAACAAAAUAAUGUAUGAUUUUAAAGCACAAAUUGAAAUAUAUGUAUGUUGCAAUAUUACAAAACACAGAAUUAUUAUUAUUCAUAU